GCAUGCGCCUAACGAAGCGGGCUGGUGAGGGCCCCCCACUGAGGGAAGGGGGAGACGGAAAUGGAGGGGAUCUGCGCGCACCCGCUCGCCUCCGGCCGGGCGCCGGCUGGAGAGCGCGUAAAGGGCAGAGCCCGGGGCGGUGGUCGCCAGGGAGGUCGAGGCUAGGGCUCCGACCCGCAGCUGGAGCAGGGUCGUGGCGGCCCGCUGACCGGCCGGUGUUUGUGUGUAUGUGCCUGCGCAGGGAGACAUGGAGAACUGUCUGGCGGCCGCGGCGCUGAACGGGGUGGACCGACGUGCCCUGCAGCGCACGGCUAGGCUGGGUCAAGAAGUGCUGGAGCGGGCCAAGAGGAGGGCGGUGGACUGGCAUUCGCGGGAACUUCCCAAAAGCGGCGUGGGGGUCACUUCACGGGAGCGGCCCUACCGAGAAAGACGGCCCGCAGCUGGCCCCCAGCGCCUGCUCCCGGGAGAGAGAGAAGAAAGACAACCAACCCUAAGUGCUUCCUUCAGAACAAUGGCAGAAUUCAUGGACUAUACUUCAAGUCAGUGCGGGAGAUACUAUUCAUCUGUGCUGGAGGAAGGAGGGGCAGUCCACGUCUCUCGGUAUCACAGAGGGAAGUCGGGGCUGCACCGGUGCUGGGACAGUGGGGACGGCCAGGCUGAGAACACCUCUAAGGACCUCUACAUAGAAGUAUAUCCAGGGACCUAUUCUGUCACUGUGGGUACAAAUGACUUAACCAAGACUCAGGUGGUAGCAGUCGACUCGGGACAAAGUGUGGACUUGGUCUUCCCCGUAUGACGUGGACCAUCAUAGCUAUCCCAUCACCUUUUUUUUAAGUAGCUAGAAGAAUAAAGUCACCAUAUUAUUCUUUUCAUAUUUACCCAGUGAUCCUACUUUCAGGGCUGACUGUAGAGGGUCAGCCUUCCUGGGAAUUGGAGUUUGUCUCUUUCAGUGCCUAUUUUAACUUAAACGUCUAGAAGCCCCCCCACCCCCACUUUCUGCUGAAAGUCAUACUGUAAUGAUGCUGUCUCAGUAGUUUUUAACU